AUGACGAGGGUCAGUCCGGAAUUCGGAGAAGUUUGGCCGGUGUCUGCUGAUGUGAGCUUUCAGACAGAGAAGUUUCCUAAGUACAAGUUAGGACCCGAUAAUGAGAUUUUAGAGGAGAUUAAAGAGGACUUUAAAGGUCCACCCUUGAAAGAAGUUGUUGUUCAAGAAACGAACCAGUUGACCGAACAACAUAGGCGCCUUUCUGUUCGGGACCUUGCCAGUAAAUUCGACAAGAAUUUGGCUGCAGCAGCAAAAUUGUCCGAAGAGGCCAAACUUAAAGAGGUAGCAUCUUUAGAUGGACACGUGCUUCUGAAGAAGCUUAGGGACGCACUGGAAUAUCUGAAAUUAAGGUUGGCUGGUCGAAACAGAGAAGACGUUGAGAGAGCUAUUUCAAUGGUUGAAGCUUUGGCAGUAAAGCUGACUCAAAAGGAGGGAGAGCUGAUUCAAGAGAAGUUUGAAGUGAAAAAGCUAGUUAAUUUUCUCAAGCAGGUCACGGAUAUGGAGAAUGAACUUCGAGACCUGAGGGUUCAAAUCCGAGAGAAGUGUACAAUUUCGCUUCAGCUUCAAAACGAGCUGGCAAUGAGUGUUCAAGCUGAGGAAAAUGUAUCGCGAAUUUAUGUGUUGAACGGUGCUGAGAAUUUAGGUUCGAUUUUACGGAUUCAAACCGGUUCGAAUGAAGCAGUAGAGCUCGGGAAAUGUUCGAUCCAAUGGUACCGAUUGUCAUCUCAAUGCAGCCGAAGGGAACCCAUUUUAGGUGCAAACAAAUGUGUUUAUGCUCUGGAGCCCAUUGAUGUUGGACGAGUUCUGCAAGCUGAUAUAGUUUCGAACGGACUGAAGAUUACACUCACUACUAAUGGCCCGAUUCGACAAGAUUUGGACUUGGAAAACUAUCUAGAGACACUUAUCCGAAAGUCGAGCAAUGACUUCAGUGUCAUUAUAUCCCAAAUGAACGGACGUAAUUACUCGUCACACUCGUCUCACUUGUUGCAUAUUGGGAAAACAAAGAUAAAGCUUAGCCGAGGAUGGAUCACAAAGGGCAGGGAAUCUUAUUCUAAAUCCAUGCAGCUAUGUGGAUUCAGAGGAGGGGGCAACUCGGCAGCCAAGUCACUGUUUUGGCAGUCACGGAAAGGGCAGUCAUUUGUGCUCGUUUUUGAGUCCGAGCGAGAAAGAAACGGGGCACUCAUCCUCGCCAGAAAAUAUGCUUCCGACUCGAAUGUCUUGCUUGUGGGCCCUGAUGACGAUGCUCUGCUGUAA